CGGAGAUCAGUCGUGUAUCGUCGAAGCUAUAUUAAAGUUGUUUUAUUUUCAAACCAGCAAAAAAAAAAUCGGGAAAAUAAGAAAGAAUUCGGACUUGAGAUGAAAUUUAGUGCAAGGAAAAUUCCAUCAUGAAAUAUAUCAUUUUUAUUCUCUUUGUGACAUUUUUCAACUUUUCUCUAGCCAAACGUGAAAUCAUUGUAGGUGGAAUAUUCCAUGGAGACGACGACAUAUCACAAAGAGUGUUUCGUACAACAUUUCAAUCCAUAAACAAUCACCAAUUUAAAUAUAAAUUUACACCUCUGAUGUUCAACAUUUCCCGUACGGAUUCGUUUAAAGCACAGGAGAUUGUCUGCAAGCUUGCAGAAAUUGGGGCAAUGGCAAUUUUUGGUCCGGGCUCAAUUGAAACAUCCGGAAUCGUAUCAUCUAUGGCAGAAAAGCUUGAAAUACCACAUUUAAUUUAUCAUUGGAAGACAAAACCACGUCAAUCGCAAGAUUAUGUUGAUCCAAAAAUGACACUCAAUUUCUAUCCUGAAUCGGAAGCAUUGGCAAAGACAGUAGCUGGAAUACUCAUUGAUUAUACAUGGAAGAGUUAUACAAUAAUCUACGAAAAUGAUGAGAAUCUUAUAAGACUAAAGGAUAUAUUGCAAAUUCAUCAGCCAAAUGGUGAUAAUUUAGUGACUAUGAUGAAAUUGGAAGAUGAAAAUUACGCAAUUUUAUUGAAAAAAGUAAAAUGGAAUCAGGUGAAGAAUGUUAUACUAGAUAUAAGCACGGAUAAAAUUGUGGCAUUUUUACAAGCAGCAAAACUCGUUGGAAUGAUUGGGGAUUACAAUAAAUAUUUUAUUACAAAUCUCGACUCAUACACUUUGGAUUAUGGUGAUUUGAUUGAGUCAUUGGUUAAUAUUACGUCUGUACGAAUCAAUAAUGUCUCGAGCGUCAUUAUGGCUGAUGCUUUAAAAAAUAUUAAUGCUUUCGGUGAACAUCCAUUGGAAGCACAUCAAAUGCCACUUGAAGCUGCUCUCAUUCACGAUUCCAUUCAUUUUUUUGUCAAUGGAUUAGAUGCUUAUGUCCAAAAUCCGAAUAAUGCAAGAAUGAAGAUUGGAAGCUGUUCUGAUAUUCGUGAUUCGUCUCGAAGUUCGCAGCCUUCAUUUGGAUAUGGAUUAUUGGAAUUUUUAAGAGCUCGAGAAUAUACUGGAAUCACUAAUCAUAUCGAAUUUUCGAUUAAAAGCUCAACACCAAAAGAAGAUAAAGAGGAAGUGUCAAAUGAGUCACCAAAACGUGGAUCAAGGACUGAAUUUAUGCUCGAUAUUCUCGAAUAUUCAAAAGAAUUGAGGCAAUAUCACAGAAUAGCUUAUUAUGAUACAACAAAAGGUGUCAUUUAUGAACGAUCAGAAAGUGACAUGGAAGAGAAAAUUUUUGCUGAAAUCCAAAAUAAGACAUUCACAAUUGUGACUCGUGCAGAAGCUCCCUUCAUAUUUUACAAUUCAAUUGACAAAAAUGGCAAUCCAUUGUUAGGAAAUGAUCAAUUUACGGGCUAUGCUGUGGACUUAAUAAGAAGAAUUCAAGGGCAAUUGCGCUUCAAAUACAUCUUCAAACUCGUCGAUGACAACAAAAACGGAAAUUUCGAUAAAGAGAAGAAUGAAUGGAAUGGAUUAAUUGGUGAUAUAUUGAAAAGUCGCGCUGAUUUGGCAAUUGCUGACUUGACAAUCACUUAUGACCGUAAAAAAGUUGUUGACUUUACAACACCAUUUAUGAAUCUCGGCAUUAGUAUUCUUUAUGUCAAACCAAAGCCUAAGGCAAAAAAUCUUUUCUCGUUUCUCGAUCCAUUUAAGACAGACGUUUGGAUUUACACAGGCCUCGCAUAUAUCUUUAUAUCUGUGCUAGUAUUUGUGCUGUCGAGAAUAAAUAAUGAUGACUGGGAAUCGUCACAUCCAUGCAAUCAAGAUCCGGAUGAAGUUGAGAGUAUAUGGAAUGUGCUCAACUGUGUUUGGCUGAUGAUGGGUUCUAUUAUGGGUCAAGGAUCAGAUAUUCUGCCAAAAGGUUCAUCAACACGUAUUGUUACUGGGAUGUGGUGGUUCUUUGCUCUCAUUAUGCUCGCUUCUUACACUGCAAAUCUUGCUGCCUUCUUGACAUCAGAUCGUCUCUCAUCAACAAUCAAUGGUGCUGAAGAUCUCGCAAAGCAAGUUGAAAUUAAAUAUGGAGCACUUCAAGGUGGUUCAACAAUGAGAUUCUUUCAGGAAAGCAAUUACAGCACAUAUCAAAGAAUGUGGGCAACGAUGGAAAGCAAUGCUGACAUUUACAAUCCGCCAUCAAACGAUGAAGGAGUCAAUAGAGUGGAAAAAGAAGCUGGCAAAUAUGCAUUUAUGAUGGAAUCGGUUCCGAUGGAGUAUCAAACAAAGCGAAGAUGCACAUUGAUGCAAGUUGGAGAGUGGCUUGAUAGUAAGGGUUAUGGAAUUGCGCUGCCAUUAGAAUCACCAUACCGAAAAUUCUUUAGUGCACAAAUUUUAAAGCUACAGGAGAGCGGCGUGCUAGCACAGUUGAAGGAAGAUUGGUGGAAAGCACCGCCGGGUAAAGAAUGUGCACCAAUCGAGGUUCCUCACGAUGAUCUGGAUAUUGGCAACGUCGGUGGUGUCUUCUUGGUUUUAAUCGGUGGAUGUCUUGUGGCAUUUUUUGUAGCAUGCAUUGAAUUUUUCAUAAACGUUCAGCAUGUUGCAAUUAACGAAAAGAUAACGCAUUGGGAUGCUUUCAAGUCAGAAUUAGCAUUUGCGUUCAACUUCUGGAUCGUAACAAAGCCCGUUCGCUCGCAGUCAAAUGAGAUUGUUAGUCGAAAAUCAACACCACAACGCUCAUUAAAAUCACGUUCACGUUUCGGUUCCGAGACGAGAAGUUUUAAGAAUAAAUCGACUCGUAGCUUGAAUUUUGAUAGCAGCUUGCAUGAAGCAACAUCAAAAAGUUUAUUGAAUUUGCAUUAAAUUUUAUUAUUUUUCGCUUUGGAACGUCGAACAAAAUUUAAUUUGUCUUUUAUGGAUCAAAAUGGAAGAUGCAUCUGAAGAAAAGGGCAAAAUUCAGCAUUUUUUGCACUGGAUGAUCCCGAGUCACGUAUAUCAUUAAUGCAAGUUGGAAGUUUCAUCCCAUUAAAUUGAGAACCAAAAUCAUAAAAUGGAUAUCCCUUUCCUGCUAUCCUGUCACUCGGGAUCACAUCCCCAAACCCUCGUAUAAGGAAAAAUUCAAAAAAUUUAUUGCAAGGAAAAAAAAUUUAUUUUUAUUAUGCUACAAUAAUUCAACUUAGCUCGUCGCUAUAUGCUUCCGCUGUCAUAUAGGAAAUCAUAUAAGAAUAUAAAAUAAAAAUUAUUGAUUCAUUUUUUUUUAUCCUUCAAAAUGGAUUCAUGCUAAUAAAAAUGCAAAAUAGGAUAGAUAAAACCAAAAAGGAGAUGAAUCUCUGCUGCAUUUUUAUUGCUCAAUUAUCGAGAACAUAAAUGCUGAUAAAAUUUAUUUUAAUUUUAUUUAAGGGGCCGUUCACUUAUUACGUUCACUUAUUACGUUAUUAGCAAAAAAACCGCCUUUUUUUACCCCCUCCCCCCCCUGAACGUUCAUAAUUCAAAAUUUUUUCGUGAACUUUUUUUUAAAAGAUAGACGACAGUUAGAACGUUACAUUCUUCUUGACACCCCCCCCCCCCUACUUUCCCCUAAAAU